AUGAACGCCUUCCGCAAAGCCCUCUCCCUCCAAUUUCGCGACAGCGCCACAAGCAUAUACAGUCGGCCUGCUGACCCCACACAAGAUGCCGAGCUGAUUGCAAUGACCACUGUUGCUCCGCCACUCCAGACGUCUUUCCCAGAAAUCAACUCACUCGAUCACCAGAUUGCCAUGGCCGGAGGGUCUACGAUGGCUGUAGAAGCGACGCGGCCCCGACUCAGGAUGUCGAAAAGAUCUCCCAAGACCACGCCUCGGGCACUGAAACAGCAAUGGCUGCAACAACGAAAGCAGCAAGAGCAAGAGAAUGAUUUUUACACCGAUUGUUUCAAAAACUUUCAUCGACUCGUCGCAACCGUGAUAGACUCCACUCAGGACCUAGCUCUGUAG